AUGGGCGCGAUCGCGCAGCCGCCGACGCGUGGGGCGUACGCGCUCGGCUCGAGCGGUGGCGCCCGCGCGAGCGCGUCGGCGGCGGCGACGACGUCGUGCGCGCGGGCGUUGGUGGAAUCGUUGGAGCGCGACGUCGGGGAUCGAUCGAGACGGUGGGUCGGUGGCGCGGAGGGAGGGACGGCGGCGCCGGAGGUGCGCGUCCGAUCGCACGCGUACGCGCGGCGACGGCUCGGGGGGGCGGAGGGGGCGCGAGGGGUGAUCGAGACGCCGGGUCUCGAUCGACGCGCGAGACGCGAGAGCGACGAGGAAGACGAAGAGGAAGACGACGAGCAAAGGGAAGAGAGCCAGGGCGCGUACGUGAGCCGAGGUUCAGAAGAAAGAUUCGACGCGGUCGAGGGUGAGGGGUCGGAGGAGGUGGACGAGGGAGGGUACGCGACGCCCAUACGCGAGGAGGCGAGCGAGUAA